GUGAUUGUUUGUCUGCAGAUCUAAACACGAAUGAUAUUAAACUAUAUGUAUAAAAAAAAACAAUAUAUAACAAGUAUAAACUUUUAAAAAAACCAAAAAAUUCUAUUUUCUCAUCGUUUCAACUUUUACAUUUCGAAAUUGCAAAGUCAAAUAUUUUACAAACUCGUUUAAUUUUCUUUUCUAAUAGUAUUUUUAACUAUGAAUGGUUUGAAAAAGUUGCGUCAGACUUUAAGACGUAAUGGUAAUAAAUCACGUAGUAAUAAUAAACCAUUGAAUGAAGUGUACAUUUAUACUCCAUUACCCAACCAUAAAAAUGGAUACAUAAUCGAAUUUCGUCAUUCCGAUUCUUCCGAAAUAUAUUAUUACAAAUAUAAAGAAAUUGCUGGAGGUACUUUAACGAAAUAUGGUUAUUUAGUUUGCGAUCAUUAUAUUAGAAAUUAUGAUAAUAGUAAAUAUAAUAAAAAUGAUUUUAGCGAAGAAAUUGAUUACAAAACAUUAUUUAGCGUUAAUAGCGAUGAUAAAGAAUGUAUAUUUUAUCAGACUGUUGCUGAUAAGGAACAAAUUGCUUUAGAAAAACGUUGGAUGAAUGAAUUAAGAGAAAAAGGAAAAUUGCACAUUUCUGCUUAUGAUGACGAUGGGGAAUGGUCUACUUUAAUGCAACAUAAUAACGAUUUUAUUAUAUCCGACAACAUACAACGCAGAAGACUGGAUGAAAUUUUAAAUAAAAUUGAUUUAAAUAAUAAUGACAUACCAACACGUACAUUGCCUCCAUUAUCAAUUCACCAAUUGUCAAAUAAUAAUAAUUCUUCAGUGAAAGAAAAUGUUGAAAAUGUUGAAAAUUAUAAUAAUUAUUAUGAAUUUUAUACUCCUCCUCUUUCUCCUAAAACUCCUCCUUCUUCUCCAACAGAAAAUUUUGCAAAUAUCACUCAAAAAAGUUUAUUAAACAUGAAUAUUAGACAACGUGAUAAAAAUAAGGGCAAGAAAUAUCAAGAGGAGCAACAACAACCCAAAGAAAAGGUUAAAAAAUUAAUUCAUUUAACUCAGCCUAAAUUUAGGAAAACUCCGAUGGUAUAUACUUAUGAUCCUGAAGAUGCUUUAGAAUAUAAAGAUUGUAGAUGUGAUUAUUGUUUAAUUGAUGAUUAUUAUGAGUAAAUAAUUUGUAAAUUAAAUAUUUGUUUCUGUAUUGAUAAAAAUCAUGUUAAUAGUUAUUUAUUUGAAAAAAAAGUUUGUUAAAUAUCUUAAUCUUUU